ACAACUCCACCUCUCUCUUUCUCCCCGUCCUUCCUUCCUCUCCUCUCGCUCUCCAUUGGACGCUUCCAGCCUCCGUCGUUGGAGGACAACUGCCACAGCACGUAUUCUAGCCAAUCAGACAGCCAGUAUGGCUCCCCGCCCCGGGGUUGGUCAGAAGAGCUGGAUGAGCAUGGACACACUCUGUAUGUUAGUGACUAUACUAAUGAGAAGGUACUGGGGACUCUCUCUCUGUGUCUGUCUUCACUGUCAUGGCCUCUGAGUUGGCCUCUUAGUUCUGCUCUAUAUUACACAUAGACCGGACCACUGCACCACAAUAGGUGAAUUUUCAGUGAAGUCAGUGAUGCUCAUCUAGUCUCCUGUGUGUGUGUGUUUCCGUGUCCGUGUCCGUCCAGUGGAUAAAGCAUGUGGAUGAACAGGGCCGACCCUACUACUACAGUGCUGACGGCUCAAGAUCUGAGUGGGAGCUGCCCAAGGUAUGGCCCAGCCCCAGUACACUACCUCCAAUUUACCCUGCGUUCGUAACCAAGUGGGAAAAUUCUACUUGACCGCCCCUCCAACUGGUAUAUUACUAGUGGGAAACUCGUCUAUCAUCCCUGAGCUCCGACUUCUCCCACAUGCUGACCUCUGAUGUCACCUACCAAGGAAAUGACCUCCAUAACAGCAUUUUCUGCAGUUAAAUGCAAAACAUUAUUUAUAAAAAGCAAUCUAUUCAUAUGUUUUUUUAAACACUGUCAUUUGUUUACAAAUAUGGUAGCUGUACUUUUAGCUUAUGGUUUAUGCAGCUUCUUGGCCACUAGCCAAUAUAUUUUUAAUUUUUACGUGUACUUUUUACCAGUUUUUCUCCCCAAUUUCGUGAUAUCCAAUUGGUAGUUAGUCUUGUCCCAUCGCUGUAACUCCCGUACGGACUCGGGAGAGGCGAAGGUCGAGAGCCAUGCAUCCUCCGAAACACGACCCUGCCAAGCCGCACUGCUUCUUGACACAAUGCUUUCUUAACCCGGAAGCCAGCCGCACCAAUGUGUCGGAGGAAACACAUACAACUGGCGACCGUGUCAGCAUGCAUGCGCCCGAUCCGCCACAGGGAGUCGCUAGAGCGCGAUGGGACAAGGACAUCCCGGCUGGCUAAACCCUCCCCUAUCCCGGACGCCACUGGGCCAAUUGUGCGCCGCCUCAUGGGUCUCCCGGUCGCGGCCGGCUGCGACACAGCCCGGGAUCCAAUCUGCGUUUCUCAAUGAGUUCAAAGCACGUGAAUGCAUCCAACUGGUAUUUACAACUUCACAGCUGGUAAUUUCCACCAUCCCAGUUGGUUAUGAACACAGCAUUGGUUGAAUAGUUUGGACUGAUUGCUUGUCCCCAAACAUAUUUAGGCUUAUUUGUUUCAUAAAAGUUCAGUUGUCGUGUCGUUCUAUGUUUGCAGGGGUUGAUGUUAUUAGUAAAUCUGGAUGAGGUGAGUCACAGAGGAGGAGGCAUACUACAAGAGACAAGAGAGAGAUGCGGAGGGAGAGAGAGGAGAGGGAGAGAGAUUAGGAGAGCGAGAGUCGCAGAAGAGAAGAGAGCGGAGAGAGGAGAGAGAGAGGAGAGAAGAGAGAGAGAGAGGGAGAGAGAGAGAGAGAGAGAGAGAGAGAUCGAGAGAGAUAGAGAUCGAUAGCUCUCUCUUCGAUUCUCUCUCUAUCUAUCUAUCUCUCUCUCUCUCUCUCUCUCUCUCUCUCUCUCUCUCUCUCUCUCUCUCUCUCUCUCUCUCUCUCUGCAGUACAACCAUUCCCCUUCUCCCCUGCCGGGCGGAGGAGACACCCCUAAGAGCCGCAGUCUGGACAGGAAGCAUGUAGAGCCCAUCGUCCUGACCAAGUGGAGACACAGCACCUACGUACUGGACACCAACGACAAGGUGAGAUGCCCCAAAUAAUUAAAGUUUCUUUAUAGGUCCAAUUUCUAGUCUCUGAGGUAUCUUGUCUAGUGAGUGUGUUUAUUAUGUGAAUAUGAGAUGUAGUUGUAGUCUUGAGUCCCAAAUGGCAACAGGGCCCUGGUCAAAAGUAAUGCACUACAUAGGAAUAGGUUGCCAUUUGGAACACGAUCAUGAUGUGAAUGUGAGGGGUAGUUGUAGACUCAUGAUUCUGUUCUGCAGUGACUCAUCAAAAACAACAGGCGUUUCCGUACAAGCUCUGGCCGCCCCCACCCUUACAGACAGACAAAAGUCAGUGCCCCUCCCCCACGGUGCCCCUACACCCUCCAAUCCCAGCAGCCAAUCACCUUGCUUGAUAAUCAUAGAGAGCGAGAAUGAUCACAUCCUUCAUCUAAUCAAAUGAUACCUUCAUCCAAUCAGGCCUAUCACGUUCCGAGCUUGCUGCCACUUCCUCUUGUUAAUUCCCAUUGAUCUGAAAAACGAAUUUAAUGAUGACCCAUUGAUCACUUCUAUAAUCUAUCAUUAUAAUAAUAUAAUCUAUAAUCACUUCUAUAAUCUACAAUAAUCUACGUAGUAGUGAUGUAAGCAUGGCAAUAUCGACCUUUCCUUUCCCUCAGUUAGUAGUUUGAUUUGAGCUACAAUCUAAAUGUAUUAACUGCAUGGUUUAAUUAUGUUAUUUUGAAAGAAUACUUGAUAACAUUCAACAACUCUGCUUUCUGGAACAUCCCUCUGUAGUACUCUGUAGUUCUUAGACGGUGUUGUCAUUCUCAUCACUAGGACGCUGAGUUGGGCCCCAAGGUCCCCGGCUCUCCUGACUCCAACUGCUCAGACCCCUCGUCCCCCAAGCCCCCAACCUCUGUUAGUAUCCCCCUCUCUCUCUCUCCUCUCCUGUAGUGUGGCCUUCCCUCUGUUCUCUGUGUGCUCCUCUUCUGUCUUCUCCUGUUCUACUGUUGUGGUCCCCUGAUGUCCAUUUUCAUAGAAAAUGGUAGAAAAUCAGUAGAAACUCUUGUCUCUUGUCUUGCCUGAAUUGUCAAAUGACGUUUUGCUCUGCUGGUGACUCUGUAAAUAUUCGACCUGUAUUGGAACCAAAUAGUGGUGGUGGUGGUGACUGUAACCCUCUAUCACAGACUAGACUGUGGGGGAACUAUUAAGUGUUGUCCUGCUGUGGUUUCUCUGCCUGAUGUCAGUCAUACUAAAGCUUCUACUUUCUUGUCUACUCUUUCCUUCAGUCUCUCUGGUUUGGGUUGUUUGUUUGGGCUGCUUUUUGUAUGUUUGUGUCCCUUUUGGUCAAAAGUGGUGCACUAUAUAGGAAAUAGGGUGUCAUUUGGGACAGAGAAUGUGUAUAGCUUUUUUCCCUGUCAGUUGUGUCUAGCCCUGUCUACAUGUGAUGAUGAUGUGUCUCCCUUUGUUUCUCUGCAGCCUUCAGAGAAGUGUGGUGUUCUCAAUGUGACCAAGAUCACUGAGCAUGGCAAAAAAGUACGGUGAGUGGUACUGGCUUUGGGACAGGAAUAUCCUACACAUACUGAUAAACUGCUGGUCAAAGCAACACAACAUGGAGUGUUUGUUGAGUUGAAACAAUAUGUAUGAAUGAUGUAAGAUGACUUGGGGGCAAAAAUAGAUUUUGUGUCCGAAAUUGCGGCUUGAGACAAUCGUUUUUCAAUGGGGGUCAUCCGUUGACGGAUGAUGGACAACUGAGAUAAUUGUCUGUAAAAAGAAAAACGUUGACUUAAAUUUAACCUUUGACAGACAAAAACUGACAAUGAUGAAUUCAUAUGUUUUCUUUAUACGUCUCUGUGUGGCCUCAGCCUGAAUGAUGUAGGAUGUCUUAUGUAUGUGUGUGUGUGUGUGUGUGUGUUUACAGGAAGAAUUGGACGUCGUCCUGGACAGUCCUCCAGGGCUCCUCGCUACUAUUCGCUAAAGGCCAGGGGGGCGGGACCAGCUGGGUGAGUAGUGUCAAUCUGCUACUGUACUCUACACUAGAGUGUUCAAACCAUAGAAAUAGAGUAGAACAGGAAUAGAACCUCUGACCAUGGCAAUUUCCCCCGUCCCUCUCUACAUCAAGCCAUAUUACCUUGGUGGCUCCUCCUUCGCUGAGCUGCUACUCUCGCUGCUAGGCAACUGGAGGCGCUCCUCGGUGGUCAAGCCCCACCCUGUCGUCUCCUCCUCCUAUCCCAUGCUGCCGCUCGUCCUCACAUGCCUCCUCCCAUUUGUCUAGAGCUGUAAAAUUCCAGUAUCAUUCCCAAAAUUCAGGAAAUCCAGAAUCCUUCAACCAGGAUUUUGGGGAAAGUUACUGGAAUUAUGCAACCCGAGACUGUCUGUCAUGCUGGCUGCUGCUCUGACUCCUCUGCCUGUUAUUGGUCAAUCCCAGACUUGGGGGCGAGCCGUAAAGGGAGUGGAGUGGACUCCUCCUUCAUGGGGUCAGGCUAGCUAGAGGAUGGCCUCUCUCUCCUCCAGUACCCAUGGUGCUCUAAGGCUAGAUUCAGUAAGGUGUAGGGUGUAGUCUCCAUCCCAAAUGGCACCCUUUUCCCUUUAUAGUGCACUACUUUUGACCAGGGCCCAUAGGAUUGGAAGAGUGUUGCAUGGUGGAGUGGUUUAUGGGCUGGGGGUGGCUGUGAUGUUUCUUUCAUGUAGGUUGGCAUGCUUGUAAAAGGAGGGGUAGGUCAGACAAUCAAGUCGAAGGGGUUCCAUGUAGGAAGGGAGGUUCAUAGGGCUCUGGUCUAAAGUAGUGUACUAUAUAGGCAGAAAAGAGAAAUACGCAAAAUAAUAUUUCGAUUCAGAGUAAUAAAGAAAUUGAAUAAUUUAUCUGAGCAAACCAGAAACCUUUCAAUAUAUAAAUGCAAACAAUACUUUAGAACCAUUUAAAUAUAAUAAAUUGGAAGGUUGUGCAUGACUAUGGUAGGUGAAGGAAUCAAUCUAUCUUUUCAGACUGUUAGAGUAUUUAUCUGGUCAAUAUGUCAGUGUAUUACUGUAUGUCUGUUUGUAAUAGUGUGUUAUAUGUGAAAAUGUGAUUGUAUUAUAAAUUGUAUUUUAAUGUUUAUGGACUCCAAUGAGGACUUAAAGAGAUCCUAAUAUAAUAACAACAACAACAACAACAAAAUAUAUAUAGGAAAUAGGGCACCAUUUGGGACAUAGACAUAGACUAGACAUAGACAGUGCUAACUGUGCCACUAGAGAUCCUGGUUCGAAUCCAGGCUCUGUCGCAGCCGGCCGCGACCGGGAGACUCAUGGGCGGCGCACAAUUGGCCCAGCGUCGUCCAGGGUAGGGGAGGGAAUGGCCGGCAGGGAUGUAGCUCAGUUGAUAGAGCAUGGCGUUUGUAACGCCAGGGUUGUGGGUUCGAUUCCCACAGGGGGCCAGUAUACAAAAAUAUGUAUUCACUAACUGUAAGUCGCUCUGGAUAAGAGCGUCUGCUAAAUGACUAAAAUGUAAAUGUAAAUGUAGACUAAACUCAAUGAUGCACCUGUUGUUUAGUAGUAGAUGACACUCUCUCUAACUUAGAUACAACAUUAUCCUAAGUAAUAUCUCACCAACAACACUGGAUUGACAGUGGGAUUGACAAGCUCCAUUGACACCACACUGUGGUGUGGUGUGUUUCUACACUAUAUAUACAAAGUAUGUGGACACCCCUUCAAAUUAAUCGAUUUGGCUAUUUCAGCCACACCCAUUGCUGACAGGUGUAUAAAAUUGAGCACACAGCCAUGCCAUCUCCAUAGACAAACAUUGGCAGUAAAAUGGCCUUACUGAAGAGCUCAGUGACUUUCAACGUUGCACCGUCAUAGGAUGCCACCUUUCCAACAAGUCAGUUCAUCAGAUUACUGCCCUGCUAGAGCUUCCCGGUCAACUGUACGUGCUGUUAUUGUGAAGUGGAAACGUCUAGGAGCAACAACAGCUCAGCCGCGAAGUGGUAGGCCACACAAGCUCACAGAACGGGACCGCUGAGUGCUGAAGCUCACUGCCGAGUUCCAAACUGCCUCUGGAAGCAAUGUCAGCACAAUAACUGUUCGUCGGUUUCCAUGGCCGAGCAGGCACACACAAGCCUAAGAUCAACAUGCGCAAUGCCAAGCGUCGGCUGGAGUGGUGUAAAGCUUGCCGCCAUUGGACUCUGGAGCAGUGGAAACACGUUCUCUCGAGUGAUGAAUCACGCUUCACCAUCUGGCAGUCCGACGGACAAAUCUGGGUUUGGCUGAUGCCAGGAGAACGCUACCUGCCCGAAUGCAUGGUACCAACUCUAAAGUUUGGUGGAGGAGGAAUAAUGGUCUAGGGCUGUUAUUCAUGGUUCGUGUAGGCCCCUUAGUUCCAGUGAAGGGAAAUCUUAACGAUACAGCAUACAAUGACAUUCUAGAAGAUUCUGUGCUUCCAACUUUGUGGCAACAGUUUGGGGAAGGCCCUUUCCUGUUUCAGCAUGACAAUGCCCCCGUGCACAAAGCGAGGUCCAUACAGAAAUGGUUUGUCGAGAUCGGUGUGGAAGAACUUGACUGGCCUGCACAGAGCCCUGACCUGAAUUGGAACGCCGACUGCGAGCCAGGCCAAAUCGCCCAACAUCAGUGCCCGACCUCACUUAUUCUCUUGUGGCUGAAUGUAAGCAAGUCCCCGCAGCAAUAUUCCAACAUCUAGUGAAAAGCCUUCCCAGAAGAGUGGAGGCUGUUAUAGCAGCAAAGUGGGGACCAACUCCAUAUCCAUGAUUUUGGAAUGAGAUGUUCGACGAGCAGGUGUCCACAUACUUUUUGGUCAUGUAGUGUACUUGUUUCUCCCUGUAGUUUGGAGGCAGUCAGUCCAAGCCAGAGUUUACUGUGGACCUGAGAGGAGGAUCUAUAGAGUGGGCUUCCAAGGACAAGUCCAGCAAGAAGCAUGUCAUAGAGGUGAGUGAGCUCCUACACACAAUUCAAACAGCUUGAAUAUGUCCCCUUGGACAAUUCUGUUAAGGCUAUAGCAUUGCCUCAGACAUAUACAAUGGUAGCACCACAUGACAGGGAGGAUUAUUUCAUGUUGGAGUAAUGUCUUAGUGUUAAAAAACUCAACAACUUUGUCUCCUCCUGCAGCUGAAAACCCAUCAGGGCACAGAGCUGCUGAUCCAGUCAGAGAAUGACAGCAUCAUCAACGACUGGUACAGAGCACUAAUGGACACCGUCAGCACACACGUGAGUCUACACAAACACACACACGACACAUACACACACACACACAACACAAAUCUGAUUCAUCGUAAUGUUUGUCACAAUAUCCACUAAGUGGCAGAGCUGGCAUGUUUUGUCAUUGGGCCUUGAUGGUAUUGCCAGCCCAAAGGUAGCCUACCUGUUUCUGACUGUCCCCUUCCUGUUUCCCUGUUUGUGUGUUACCUACCAUACUGUAGGCCUGGGAGUCAGAUGAGGCCAUAGAGGUGGACAUGCCAGAGUCUCCUGGAGCUGAGAAACAAGACAAAGAGAAAGACCACAGAGACUCUAUGAGCAGAGGUUAGUGCAGCCUGUCUGUCUCUGUCUGUCUCUGUCUGUCUCUGUCUGUCCCUGUCUGUCCCUGUCUGUCCCUGUCUGUCCCUGUCUGUCUCUGUCUGUCUGUUACCCUAAACCAAACCCUCACAUGUGUGUUUGAGAUCGUUCAUCUUUGUUAACCAAGGAUGCUAUUGUUGAUCAUCAUGUGUGUCAGUGUGUUAAAUCAUCUCCCAUUGCCAUUUGUCUACAGAAGAUGUUGAUGAUCAUUUAUUGUGUUAAGUUGUUAAUAAUACGGUAAAAUCCCAUUUGUUAUUAGUCUAUAGCCAUGAAACCUGUCAGUGUUUCUAGAGUUAGUAGAAAAUGUGUCAUCUGAACGUCUGUUGUCAUUGGUCUGUAGCCAUGAAGGGUCCCACCAGUAUGGACACGUCAGAUGACAAGAAGACCAGACACAAGCUUAUGAAGUUCCUCACACGCAGACCCACUCUGCAAGCGGUCAGAGACAAGGGCUACAUCAAAGGUAUUACAGAGAGACAGCACUGAACCAUAUAAAUAAAAACACUAGAAUGGGGAUAGCCUCUCAGACCACAGCAAAUGGACUUCAUCCUUAUGGGUACACUCCAGGGUUGGGGUCAAUUCUGAAUUGAGUUGAGAAUUGGUCUUUCAAUUGUAAUUAUUUAAUUUGAAUUGGCCACACCCCACAGGAAGCAGAAUAUGAAUUUAAUUCAAUCAUCCUCCUAAACAUUUUUAUAAUUACAGUGGUCUGGAAAUAUUCUAAGAUCAUUUUGUAGGUUGUUUAUAAUAAUUCAUUAUUCACUUGCAUGUUAUUAUAAAAAAUAUAUAUAUAUUUCCCAGGAUGCAUUAACAAACACUCCAGACUGGAAAGUAUCAACCUAACAUCGAAUGAAAAAAAUACAAACAAAAUACUGUUUACAUUUUAAUCAUUUAGCAGACACACUUAUCCAGAGUGACUUACAGUUAGUGAGUGCAUACAUUUUUUUUUCAUACUGGUCCCCCGUGGGAAACGAACCCACAACCCUGGCGUUGCAAACGCAUUGCUCUACCAACUGAGCUACACGUGACCACUUGUUUGACAUCUUUGAGUUAGAAUCAAACUAAUAUUUUCUUUAUUAAGAGGUGGCAGAUGCGUUUGGCAAAAUAUUUGUCAAAGGAAUGAGAGUCAUAUGUUUCAUGUCUCAGUUACAUUUAUUUGUAUUGGUUUGAAUUAAAUUCUACUUAUUUUAAUUUAAAUUUGAUUCAAAUUCUGCUUCCUGUGGACUGUGGCCAAUUCAAAUUAGAAUUUCAUUUCAUGGGUCGAAUUGAAUUAAAUUCAGGAAUUCCAAAUUGACCCCAACCCUGGUACACUCAGUAUAGCUGACAUGGUGAUGUCCAUUCUAGUGAUUCUAUUUCUAUGCAGAGAACUUUACCACACGUGCACAAUUAGGACUCCAUUUUGGCAAUGGCAAACUAAAUCCGUGCCGUUGUGUUAAAGAUAGAAUAGCCUUUGUUUUCCAGUAGCGGAGUACUUUGGACCUCUAUAAAAAUAACCCUGUCCCUGUCUGUUUGUCUCAGACCAGGUGUUUGGCUGCAGUCUGAGUGACCUCUGUCGGAGAGAGAACGCGUCCGUGCCAAGUUUCGUCACAAUGUGCAUCGACCACGUGGAAAACAAUGGUAUGUGUGCUCGGUAACACUUUACUUGACACCUAACGUCAUAGCACGUUAUGACACGUUAUCAUAAUAUGUCAUAACAGCUGGCCUAAGUUGUCAUAACCUGUCAUAAUAUGGUCAUAACACUGUCAUGUAACAUAUAUUUAGACCUGCUGUGACAUAAAUUGUGUCAAAACCCAUAAAUCCUACCACACAGGGUAAUACAUUCCAUUACACUACAGCCUACUUGUCAAUAGUAUUUUAUUUCUGAAAUUGACCAUAUGAAAUUACCAUUGUAAUUACGCACACAUUGAUGUCAGACAUGUACCUACCCCAAUGCUCUGUUGCUGAUGACUGGAAUGAAUGCAAGAUCAGAUUUCAGGAUCAGGACAAGACACCCUCUUUAUGACUGAUGUCUGACAUAAGGGCAUGUACGUGAUAGGCCUAUCAGGCUUAUAUGAUUAUGAUAGUCAUAAUGCUUUAUGACAGUGUCAUAAAGUGUAUUUUCUUAGUCCAGGUAAAGUGACACAGGAUGGUCAUAAUGCUUCUUGACAGUCUCAUAAAGUGCAUUUUCUUAGUCUAAGUAAAGUGACACAGGAUGGUCAUAAUUCUUCAUGACAGUGUCAUAAAGUGUAUUUUCUAAAAAUAUGAUUAAAAAAACAUGACUGUAAAGAAUUCAUUUCAACAACGACAAAGUAUUUAAGAAACAAACUUUGAAACGAAAGGAAACCACUUGGCAGGAAAAAAACACAUUUGAAUAAAUGUGUGUUUUACAUUUAAGUCAUUUAGCAGACGCUCUUAUCCAGAGCGACUUACAAAUUGGUGCAUUCAACUUAGGAUAGCCAGUGGGACAACCACAUCUUGAUCACAGUAAGUACACUUCUUCAAACAAGCAGCUGUGAGCAAAGUCAGUGCAAUCAGGGACAACUACAUCUCGAUCACAAUAAGUACAUUUCUUUAAACAUGUCAGUGCUAGCAGGUGAAAUAAGUCAGGUGUUAGUUUAGACAAAAGACAGUGGUAGUAAAGGGGGGGGUAGAAGGAUUACUAUUAUACUAUUCCAGGUAUUCCUUAAAGAGGUAGGGUUUCAAGUGUCUCCGGAAGGUGGUCAGUGACUCCGCUGUCCUGGCGUCGUGGGGGAGCUUGUUCCACUAUUGGGGUGCCAGAGCAGCAAAUAGCUUUGACUGGGCUGAGCAGGAACUGUGCUUCCGUAGAGGUAGGGGGGCUAGCAGGCCAGAGGUGGAUGAACGUAGUGCCCUCGUUUAGGUGUAGGGUCUGAUCAGAGCCUGAAGGUAAGGAGGUGCCGUUCCCCUCACAGCUCCGUAGGCAAGCACCAUGGUUUUGUAGUAGAUGCAAGCUUCAACUGGAAGCCAGUGGAUUGUGCGGAGGAGCGGGGUGACGUGAGAGAACUUGGGAAGGUUGAACACCAGACGGGCUGCAGCGUUCUGGAUAAUUUGCAGGGGUUUAAUGGCACAGGCAGGGAGCCCAGCCAACAGCGAGUUGCAGUAUUCCAGACGGGAGAUGACAAGUGCCUGGAUUAGGACCUGUGCCGCUUUCUGUGUAAGGUAGGGUCGUACUCUGCGAAUGUUGUAGAGCAUGAACCUGCAGGAUCGGGUCACCGCUUUGAUGUUAGCAGAGAACGACAGGGUGUUGUCCAGGGUCACGCCAAGGUUCUUUGCACUUUGGGAGGAGGACACAAUGGAGUUGUCAACCGUGAUGGCGAGAUCAUGGAGCGGGCAGUCCUUCCCCGGGAGGAAGAGCAGCUCCGUCUUGCCGAGGUUCAGCUUGAGGUGGUGGUCCGCCAUCCACAUUGAUAUGUCUGCCAGACAUGCAGAGAUGUGAUUCGCCACCUGGUUAUCAGAAGGGGGAAAGGAGAAAAUUAAUUGAGUGUCGUCUGCGUAGCAAUGAUAGGAGAGACCAUGUGAGGAUAUGACAGAGCCAAGUGACUUGGUGUAUAGAGAGAAUAGGAGAGGGCCUAGAACUGAGACCUGGGGGGACACCAGUGGUGAGAGCACGUGGUGCGGAGACAGAUUCUCGCCACGCCACCAAGUAGGAGUGACCUGUCAGGGAGGAUGCAAUCCAAGAGUGAACAGCGCCGGAGAUGCCCAACACGGAGAGGGUGGAGAGGAGGAUCUGAUGGUUCACAGUAUCAAAGGCAGCAGAUAGGUCUAGAAGGAUAAGAGCAGAGGAGAGAGAGUUAGCUUUGGCAGUGCGGAGAGCCUCCGUGACACAGAGAAGAGCAGUCUCAGUUGAAUGACCAGUCUUGAAACCUGACUGGUUAGGAUCAAGAAGGUCAUUCUGAGAGAGAUAGCAGGAGAGUUGGCUAGAGACGUCACGCUCAAGAGUUUUGGAGAGAAAAUAAAGAAGGGAUACUGGUCUGUAGUUGUUGACAUCGGAGGGAUCGAGUGUAGGUUUUUUGAGGAGGGGUGCAACUCUCGCCCUCUUGAAGACGGAAGGGACAUAGCCAGCGGUCAAGGAUGAGUUGAUGAGCGAGGUGAGGUAAGGGAGAAGGUCUCCGGAAAUGGUCUGGAGAAGAGAGGAGGAGAUAGGGUCAAGCGGGCAGGUUGUUGGGCGGCCGGCCGUCACAAGUCGCAAGAUUUCAUCUGGAAAGAGAGGGGAGAAAGAAGUCAAAGCAUAGGGUAGGGCAGUGUGAGCAGGACCAGUGGUGUCAUUUGACUUAAUAAAUGAGGAUCGAAUGUCGUCAACCUUCUUUUCAAAAUGGUUGAUGAAGUCAUCCACAGAGAGGGAGGAGGGAGGGGGAGGAGGAGGAGGAUUCAGCAGGGAGGAGAAGGUGGCAAAGAGCUUCCUAGGGUUAGAGGCAGAGGCUUGAAAUUUUGAGUGGUAGAAAGUGGCUUUGCAGCAGAAACAGAGGAAGAAAAAGUAGAGAGGAGGGAGUGAAAAGAUGACAGGUCCGCAGGGAGUCUAGUUUUCCUCCAUUUCCGCUCGGCUGCCCGGAGCCCUGUUCUGUGAGCUCGCAAUGAGUCGUCAAGCCACGGAGCAGGAGGGGAGGACCGAGCCGGCCGGGAGGAUAGGGGACAUAGAGAGUCAAAAGAGGCAGAAAGGGAGGAGAGGAGGGUUGAGGAGACAGAAUCAGGAGACCGGAGGGAGAAGGAUUUAGCAGAGGGAAGAGAUGAUAGGAUGGAAGAGGAGAGAGUAGCGGGAGAGAGAGAGCGAAGGUUGCGACGGCACAUUACCAUCUGAGUAGGAGCGGAGUGAGUAGUGUUGGAGGAAAGUAAGAGAGAAAAGGAUACAAAGUAGUGAUCGGAGACUUGGAGGGGAGGUGCAGUGAGAUUAGUAGAAGAACAGCAUCUAGUAAAGAUGAGGUCAAGCGUAUUGCCUGUCUUGUGAGUAGGGGGGGACGGUGAGAGGGUGAGGUCAAAAGAGGAAAGGCAGACGUCGGCAGGUUAAAGUCACCCAGAACUGUGAGGGGUGAGCCAUCCUCAGGAAAGGAACUUAUCAAGGCGUCAAGCUCAUUGAUGAACUCUCCAAGGGAACCUGGAGGGCGAUAAAUGACAAGGAUGUUAAGCUUGAAUGGGCUAGUGACUGUGACAGCAUGGAAUUCAAAUGAGGAGAUAGACAGAUGGGUCAGGGGGAAAAUAGAUAAUGUCCACUUGGGAGAGAUGAGGAUUCCUGUGCCACCGCCGCGCUGACCAGAUGCUCUCGGGGUAUGCGAGAACACAUGAUCAGACGAGGAAAGAGCAGUAGGAGAAGCAGUGUUUUCUGUGGCAAUCCAUGUUUCCGUCAGCGCCAAGAAGUCGAGAGACUGGAGGGUAGCAUAGGCUGAGAUGAACUCUGCCUUGUUGGCCGCAGAACAGCAGUUCCAGAAGCUGCCGGAGACCUGGAACUCCACGUGGUUUGUGCGCGCAGGGACCACCAGAUUAGAGUGGUAGCAGCCACGCGGUGUGAAGCGUUUGUAUGGCUUGUGCAGAGAGGAGAGAACAGGGAUAGACAGACACAUAGUUGACAGGCUAGAGAAAAGGCUACAAUAAUGCAAAAGAGAUUGGAAUGAAAUUAACUAAACAUCUGGGGAAGCGAGAGAGCGUCCCUCGACUAACUCCCGCAGAACAACUUGGCAGAACUGUCUUUGUUUCAGGGACAGUCUUCGUUUUGGGGACAGCUGCCGCAGACAGCUGCCACUGAACAAAGAGUUUGUGCUAAUAACACUAAGCUAAUUGCCUAGCACAAGUGUAGCCACUCCCCCUCCUAUUGAGUUGUAAUCUGCAGAGAACAAAAGAAGUGGCUGGACCUGCUUCCAGUGUGAACGGGUAGCAAUCGCUUCUUAAGCAGACUGGGUAGCUUACUAACUAUGACAGACAGACAGAACCAACACAGUUUACAAGUUCAAACAAUUCUACUUACAGAAUCAAGCAGGAUCCUUCCAAGACUAUUAGUUGACGCUCUUAUGUAGGUGUCAUAACCAGCCAUAAAAUAACGCAAUAUAUGUCACAACAGGUGUAAAUAUAUGGGUCAUGGCAGUGUUAUGACCAUAUUAUGACAGGUUAUGUCAGCUGUUAUGACAGAUUAUGACAUGGUUAUGAACGUGUCAUUACGUGUUAUGACGCUAGGUGUCAAGUAAAGUGUUACCGUGUGCUCCUGUGUCUGUCUGUGUCUGUCUGUUGGUUGUCUCUCAUUCUGAUGGUGUGAUGAUAUUAGCAGGAAAAAUAAAGGCUUACCAGGCACUCUAAACAGAUAGUUGCAAUUUAAAAGCCUUUGUUGAGUUUGCAUAUCCAUGAAGGAACGUUAAAACAAUGCAAACAAUUGGGCUACUGCCAACGGUUGUGUGAUGGUGGCGCUCAUCUGUGUUCCUCUGUCUGUAGCUCUGAAUGUGGACGGGCUGUACAGAGUGAGUGGGAACCUGGCGGUCAUCCAGAAACUACGCUUCGCCGUCAAUCAUGGUAGGUACUAUUGCUACUGCCCUCCUCUCUCACUCUCUCUCUCUCUCUCUCUGUAUACUGCAACUAGGCUUGCAAAGUUCUGGUAACUUUACCACAAAAUCCCCUGGUUUUGCAGAUUUCCCGGUUAGAGUAUUCAGGAUUUCCUGCUUAUUCCCUCCAACCAGAUUUUAGGAAAGUUACCAGAACUGUGCAACUCUAACUGCAAGCCUGUAUACGUGUACCUAUAGCGUACACUCUACAUAGUACACUGAAUAACCCUGUGUCUUUAUCUGUGUGUGUGUGUAGAUGAGAAGGUGGACCUUGAGGAGGGAAAAUGGGAAGAUAUCCACGUGACUACGGGAGCGUUGAAGAUGUUCUUUAGAGAGCUACCUGAACCGCUCUUCACUUACAACUUAUUCCAUGACUUUGUCAACGCCAUCAGUGAGUACACUGUACCAUUAAUUGAAAAUUUUCUUAAUUUAUCAUCAUUAGUGACAUUACAAGUGUGCUAUUACUUAAUGUUGAUGAAGGAAGGUUGUUACUACUGUAAAUACAUGGCGUACAUGUCAUUCAGUUAUUCGAUCUGGGAUGGGCAACUGGCCCUCGGAUCAAUUCCCCCCCCAAUACACAAGGUGCAAAUUUCGAAAUUUGCUUGUGCAUCAGCAGUUUUUGUCUUGUUAUGUCAGUCACUGAUAGUCAGUCAAUUUGACCAUGUCAGCUAACAUUUUUUAGAUUGCUAAAUUAGUUUAGGUGCCAGCUAUUUAAACUUGUUAUCAUGGUCGAAUUACCGGCUGGGGGCCCCCCAUCAAAGUUGCCCAUUCCCUGUAUUAGAUCCAUCCAGUGUGUUGUUUCUGAACGUGAAGCAUGUUGUUAUGUAUGUGGCUGUGUGAGACUUGUACAGUAUAUAUGACAUGGGUAAUGUGCAAUGUACAGUAUGUAUUGUGAGUAUGCAUUAUUUUUAUUUUGUAUGCGGCUGUACAUUUUUACAUUUAACAUUUUAGUCAUUUAGCAGACGCUCUUAUCCAGAGCAACUGCAUUCGUCUUAAGAUAGCUAGGUGGGACAACCACACACUGUAUCACAGUCAUAGUAAGUACAGGUCAGAGCUACACUGAACAUAGAGUUGAUCAGGCUGUUGAUUGUGGUCUGUGAAAUCUUGUCCCACUCCUCUUCAAUGCUUGUGCAAAGUUGCUGGAUAUUGCUGGAUAUAACUGGAACACGCUGUCUUACACGUAGAUCCAGAGCAUCCCAAACAUGCUCAAUGGGUGACAUGUCUGGUGAGUAUGCAGGCCAUGGAAGACCUGGGACAUUUUCAGCUUCCAGGAAUUGUGUACAGAUUCUUGCGACAUGGGGCUGUGCAUUAUCAUGCUGAAACAUGAGGUGAUGGCGGCAGAUGAAUAGCACGACAAUGGGCCUCAGGAUCUCGUCACGGUGUCUCUGUGCAUUCAAAUUGCCAUCAAUAAAAUGCAAAUGUGUUCAUUGUCCAUAGCUUAUGCCAGCCCAUACCAAACUCCACGGCCACCAUGAGGCACUCUGUUCACAACGUUGACAUCAGCAAACUGCUCGCCCACACGACGCCAUGCACACUGUCUUCCAUCUGCCUGGUAUAGUUGGAAGGUGAGCAUUUGCCAACCAUAGUCAGUUACGAUGCCAAACUGCAGUCAGGUCAAAAUCCUGGUGAGGACGGCGAGCACGCAGAUGAGCUUCCCUGAGACGGUUUCUGACAGUUUGUCCAGAAAUUCUACGGUUGUGCAAACCCACAGUUUCAUCAGCAGUCCGAUUUGCUGGUCUCAGACGAUCCCGCAGGUGAAGAAACCGGAUGUGGAGGUCCUGGGCUGGCGUGGUUACACGUGGUCUGCGGAUGUGAGGUCGGUUGGACGUGCUGCCAAAUUCUCUAGAAUGACGUUGGAGGCGGCUUAUGGUAGAGAAAUGAACAUUCAAUUCUCUGGCAGCAGCUCUGGUGGACAUUCCUGCAGUCAGCAUACCAAUUGCACCCUCCCUCAAAACUUGAGACAUCUGUGGCAUUGUGUUGUGUGACAAAACUGCACAUUUUUGUGGCCUUUUAUUGUCCCAGCACAAGGUGCACCUUUGUAAUGAUCAUGCUGUUUAAUCAGCUUCUUGAUAUGCCACACCUGUCAGGUGGAUGCAUUAUCUUGGCAAAGGAGAAAUGCUCACUAACGGUGCAUUUCUGGGUUAUUUUAUUUAAUCUCAUGAAACAUGUAGAGGGGAGUGAAGUGCGGCUGUUAGUUCAUGAAAGGCUUUUUUGUUUUGUUUUUACUGUGUCUAAGACCAUUUUCUUCUGUAAUGUUUGUCCUAUCUUCCUGCUAAACAGAGAUGCCAGACUACAUGCAGCGUGUCCAGUCUAUCAAGGAGCUGGUCAAACAGUUGCCAAAACCUAACCAGGACACCAUGCAGGCCCUCUUCAAACACCUCAGG